GCUUGUGCAGCAUACGAGCCCCUCCGACAGCAGGCAGCAGUAGCGACUCUGCUACACAUCCGGGUGCUGCUCUGAAUGCGCAGGCUCUUCGCCGCAGCUGCGUUUCCGUGUUGGCUGGGGGAAGAGAAGGGGAGCGAAGACAGAACAGCAGACGCAGAAGGAGAUAGACGGAGUUAGGGAGGAUCGCAUCGACACGCCACAGACAAAUUACAAAUAAAUACUCUUCCAGCAGCUCGUCGGCUUUCAGAAUUUGCAAGGUGGCGGUCGCACAAUUUGACAUGGAGACUGCAGUGACAGCACACUCUUAACAUGUGAGAUGUACAGAAUAAAAUAGAAGAGAGCGAGUGUGCGUCUGUGUGGCUGUUUCCCCCUUGUCCGUCUAACUGGUGGUUCUGUUUAGCUCAUUUUUGUGGUCCAUCCUCGUCUCUGUGUUUUUGUGGGGGAAAAAUGAAGAAGUUCAACAUCAGGAAGGUGUUGGAUGGCCUGACGGCGGUCUCAUCCUCCUCUUCAUCUACUCAACCUGGAAACAGGGAGAAUGACUUGAUCCAGGAGACUCUCCAAUCCGAGCAUUUCCAGCUCUGCAAGACGGUGCGACAUGGAUUCCCCUAUCAACCUUCAUCAAUGGCAUUUGACCCCGUGCAGAAAAUCUUGGCCAUCGGGACCCAAAAUGGAGCUUUGAGGCUUUUCGGCCGCCCAGGAGUGGAAUGCUACUGCCAGCAUGACAGCGGAGCAGCAGUGAUCCAGCUCCAGUUCCUGAUUAAUGAGGGAGCCCUCGUGAGUGCCUUGGCGGAUGAUAGCAUUCACCUCUGGAACCUGCGGCAAAAGCGACCUGCCAUUCUUCAUUCCCUCAAAUUCAACAGGGAGAGGAUAACUUUUUGCCAUCUGCCUUUCCAGAGUAAAUGGUUGUAUGUUGGCACAGAAAGAGGAAAUAUUCACAUUGUCAAUGUGGAGUCCUUCACCCUCUCAGGCUACGUCAUUAUGUGGAAUAAAGCCAUCGAACUAUCUUCUAAGUCCCACCCAGGACCAGUUGUCCACAUAAGCGAUAAUCCUAUGGAUGAAGGAAAGCUUAUCAUUGGUUUUGAGUCUGGGACAGUGGCAUUAUGGGACCUAAAAUCGAAGAAAGCAGACUACCGUUACACUUAUGAUGAGGCUAUUCACUCUGUGGCCUGGCAUCAUGAAGGAAAGCAGUUCAUCUGCAGCCACUCAGAUGGCACUUUGACCAUCUGGAAUGUAAAAAAUUCUGCUAAACCUGCACAGAUAAUCACACCACAUGGAAAGCACCCAAAGGAUGGAAAAAAACCAGAACCUUGCAAGCCUAUCUUAAAAGUUGAAUACAAAACAACCAGAGCUGGAGAUCCAUUCAUGAUUCUUUCAGGGGGUCUGUCAUAUGACACUGUGGGAAGAAGACCAUGUUUAACAGUGAUGCAUGGAAAGAGCACUGCAGUACUAGAAAUGGAUUAUCCUAUCGUUGAUUUUCUAACCCUCUGUGAAACACCAUAUCCAAAUGAUUUUCAGGAACCUUAUGCUGUAGUGGUCCUUCUAGAAAAAGAUUUAGUAGUUAUCGACCUUGCACAAAAUGGUUACCCAAUAUUUGAGAACCCAUACCCCCUGAGUAUACACGAGUCUCCUGUAACUUGUUGUGAAUACUUUGCUGACUGUCCUGUGGAUCUCAUUCCUGCACUUUACUCAGUGGGAUCAAGACAAAAACGGCAAGGAUACAGUAAAAAGGAAUGGCCGGUCAGUGGAGGUAACUGGGGCCUGGGAACACAGAGUUAUCCAGAGAUAAUUAUCACUGGGCAUGCAGAUGGAUCAAUAAAAUUUUGGGAUGCUUCUGCAAUAAUGCUCCAAGUACUGUACAAGCUAAAGACAGCCAAGGCAUUUGAAAAGUCUCGGAACAAAGAUGACAAGCCCAACACAGAAAUUGUAGAUGAAGAUCCCUUUGCCAUUCAGAUCCUUUCCUGGUGUCCAGAAAGCAGGAUAUUGUGUGUGGCCGGAGUCUCAGCCCAUGUUAUCAUCUAUAGGUUCAGCAAGCAGGAAGUGACUACGGAGGUGGUGCAGCUACUUGAAGUCCGGCUUCAGUACGAACUCAAUGACAUUGAGUCCCCAGAGGGUGAGCAGGUCCCUACAUUGCCAACCCCAGGGGCAUCCUCCAACUCCCAGUCCAGCGCCCCCCAUUCCCACCCAUCCACCAGCAGCAGCUCUUCCGAUGGUAUCCGGGACAAUGUGCCCUGCCUCAAAGUGAGAAGCACUCCACUCAAGCAGUCUGCCGGUUACCAGGUGGAACUUGUUAUUCAACUGGUCUGGGUCAGUGGAGAACCUCCACAGCAGAUAACCAGCCUUGGGGUUAAUUCAUCAUAUGGACUUGUGGUUUUUGGCAAUAGCAACGGCCUUGCAAUUGUUGACUACCUUCAGAAGACUAUACUACUAAACCUGGGGACAGUCGAGUUAUACGGAUCCAAUGAUCCUUAUCAAAGACAACCAAGGUCUCCUCGCAAAACAAGACAGCCUUCUGGAGGUAUGCUGGCAGUGGCAUCUUGCAUGUGUGGCCUUUCUAACCUAUAUUCUGAAUCUGUGAAAAAACUGCGCUCCUCUUAUCUCAGUCUGUGUGAUAUCAAUGAGGGAUCCACAACUUCAGAAGAUCGGUGCAAAUCACCAACUUCAGGCUCUGCCUCACCUUACAAUUCAGAUGAAGACCAUAAACUGCCUAAUAUUAUAAAAAGGGUGAAGACCAAAAGCAGAAUGUUUUCCAAGACGGUAGUGAGUGAUCUAGUGUUGACGUCAAACCAUCAGCAACUCUACAAUGGAGGAGGUAGAGGAGCAAAGAUGUCACGGAAGUUAAGUCUGCCUACUGAGUUAAAGCCAGACUUGGACCAGAGACAGAGAUGUAAUCCCUGGAGUCUGCUCAACAGGCAGAGCUAUAGUGUGAAGAAGCAAAAAGAGAAUGCUCACAGAGGAGUCAUCCACAGGAUUCAUUCAGUCCCUGUGUUCAAUAUCAGAGACAAUUCAUUCAGUCGCUCCCGUAGCUCAAGUGUGACGAGCAUUGACAAGGAAUCCCGAGAGGCCAUCACUUCCUUCCACUUUUGUGAGACCUACACACGGAAGACUGACAGCACCACCUCUCCCAGCCUGUGGGUGGGCACCUCCUUGGGCACAGUGCUAGUUAUCGUGCUGAACCUCCCACCUGCUGGGGAACAGAGGCUUCUUCAGCCUGUCAUUGUCUCUCCCAGUGGUACACUGAUAAGGCUGAAAGGGGCUAUCUUGAGGAUGGCAUUCCUGGACUCAUCAGGGCAAUUGCUACCACCUGCCUACGAGGCCUGGCGUGAACCCAACGCCCCCGAUGACAAGGAUGAAAAGGACAAGUUAAGGAAACGGCGGCCUGUCUCAGUUUCUCCCUCAUCGUCUCAGGAAAUCAGUGAAAACCAGUACGCAGUGAUCUGUUCAGAAAAACAGGCUAAAGUUAUUGCACUGCCAUCCCAGAACUGUAUAUAUAAACACAAUAUUACAGAGACUUCAUUUGUUCUCCGGGCUGAUGUAGUGCAAAUGAGCAGUGGAAUAUGCGUUGCUUGUUUCUGUGCUAAUGGACAUAUUAUGACAUUAAGUUUGCCAAGUCUAAGACCACUGUUGGAUGUAAAUUAUCUGCCCCUUACUGAUAUGCGCAUAGCAAGAACAUUCUGCUUUACCAACAAUGGACAGGCUCUAUAUCUUGUCUCACCCACUGAGAUCCAGCGAAUAACUUACAGCCAGGACACUUGUGAGAACUUACAGGAGAUGCUGGGAGAACUGUUUACACCAGUAGAAACACCAGAGGCUCCAAACAGAGGUUUCUUCAAGGGCCUGUUUGGGGGAGGAGCACAGUCCCUGGACAGAGAAGAACUUUUUGGUGAGUCGGUGGCUGGGAAGGCCUCCCGGAGUUUGGCUCAACACAUUCCCGGCCCAGGUGGUAUUGAGGGCAUGAAGGGAGCAGCCUCUGGCGUGGUGGGAGAGCUGGCACGAGCCCGGAUAGCACUAGAUGAGAGAGGGCAAAAACUGGGAGAGCUAGAGGAGAGAACAGCAGCCAUGAUGGCCAGUGCGGAGUCCUUCUCUAAACACGCCCAUGAUAUGAUGCUGAAGUACAAAGAUAAAAAAUGGUACCAGUUCUGAUUUCAAGUUUAAAACUUUGGAAUAACUCAGUGGUAUUGUACACAGCUUCAUCUGGAAGAUACUUGCUCUUCUCCCUCCUUCAUUUAUUUCUCCAGGACUAAGGGGAUUCAUCAUGGAGUACUGCUCUUUCCUAGCACAAUGUCAUACACUGUUUUACCUCAGUCAUAUGGCUUUAACUGAGGAACAUACUAAAGAAAAAACUAUCAAAUGAAAAAUAAUCACCUUGAUGGUGUAGUUUUUUUUUUCUGUGGCGGCUGAGGGUUGAUGUUCUUCUUGGGGACAGGAGCAGGGAAGGACAAACUAACAGGCAAGGGGGGUAACGCUGGGAAUUCUCCUGUGUUUCAUUUCCAUAUGCCAAACGUUGUGUGCCGUUGUCUCUGCUGCCAGUGUUUUCAUUCUCCCUGGGGCCAAUAAGGUAAAAAAAAAUACAAAAAAACGAAUACAUAUAAAGACAACUCUGUAUCCACUUCUGGCUAUGUCAAGUGCAAAACAAGAGGAUAAUUAACCCAGGACACUGUAAAGUCCAUUAAAGAAGUCCCAUAAUGAGGUGCAUGAAGAUCACAUCAUAUCACCAGGACAAAUCUUUUGGAUCCCUUCACCUCACAGUGUCAAAAAUAUCUUGAAUACUUUCAUUGCCCUUUUUUAUUAUUUAAAAUGUUUUUUUUGUUUACUGAACAUUAUGUUUCAUUUUGUAUCUUUCAAAAUCUGAAAUUCUUAAAUUUUGUUUUUAAUGCUUACUGUACAUGUAUUUUUGUGGAACAUGAUUCAUUCUAAGGUUAAACAAGGCUUUUUGUUUGAGUUCAGUGGUGGACAUGCCAUAGUUAAGCCAACUUUGACCAAUUUCCAUUUCUUUCAAGUUUAUAAGGGCUGGGACUGAAAGCUCAAGAGUUCUUUAGAAACAUCCACGUCAGAUUUUAUAGUAUAUUAUCACAUUUGUUUGUAAUUAAAUAUCUGACAGUUUUUGCCAGGGUGCUUAAAAUAUUUUUUUAUUAAACACUCUUCUCAUUCACUUUCAAACCAAGAAUCAUAUCUCAGUCAUUUUUUGUCCUGUGGAGGUAUGGAUAAGAGUGCAAUAAGACAAGGUUGAAAACUGCCUAGAUUCUGUCUUCUUGUUGGCCCCCACCUGUUUUCUACCUUGUAACUUCAUUUUAAACUCUGUACUUAUUUUACCUCCGGGAUGCAAAAGCACUUAUGUUUUAAAGAAAGCCUUGCACUGCAGUUCAAUAUCAAACCAUUCUGUACAAAUUAUUUAGGAGCAGCUUCAGUAACAUUUUUAGUGCAAACAAAUACAUGUGUUUGUGUGUACAACUCAAAAAGGGACUAUUGAGCCAGAGCUUUAGUGAGAAUGGUGAACUGUAGUUGUACUGUGAAGGAAAGUGUAAAAGAUUUAUUGCAACAGAUACAAAUCUUAUCAGCCUCAACAGAGAGUGCGAAUUUGUGUGUCUGAAGAGAGAACACAAAAGUAUGGUGCAGAACACAAAUAUUGUGCUCUUACAAAUAAACUACUCAGAUGUCCUGCAGCCAUAUAUUUUUGUUCAGGGACUCCUGGGUUUCACUUGUGUUGAAAGCCAUUUUAAACGUGAGUGGCAAUCAUUUUUAUGUAAUUAAGUGGUGACAGUGAACUGAGCAUAUGACAUUAUAUAGCUUUGGCAAACAGUGUUGAACACAGUUAGGGUAAGUAUUCACACCCAGGCAAGAUGCUGAGCAGUCUCUAAACAAAAACUGUCUGCUCUCCGGGUUACAAGAAAAACAACAGUAGAACAUGGUGAAAAAAGUAAAGUCACUAUCUUUUCUCUAGGAAGAGAAAUGUUUCAUGGGUGGGAUAUUACAAGCUGAAAGGGCAAUCAAAAUAAAAAAUAGUAUUUAUUAUAGCUGAAGUUCAGAUCCAUGUGCAACCUGGUACUAUUUUGUUUUUUUUUUCUUUUAUUACCUAAAUGGAUCCUCUUUAUUGAAGGACACCACAGCUCUGUGUACUGUAGGAAAGUUAAAUUUACUAAUUCUCAUAACUUUCCUCAUUUUCCUCAACUAUCAGCAGAUUGUUCUUUUGGUCCAAAUGUAAAAAAAUGCAGUGUUUUUCAGACAGAAGAGGACUGCACAUGUUUAGAGCCCCACAGCAAGUAUUAGACUACCAUUCCUGCAGGUGGAGAUAGCAGAAUUAUCUUUUAUAUCCUCUUGGCUGGCAUUUCAGAAAUCCUUCAGUGAUAGGAGCUUUUAUCCUGGAUUGUUUAACAUCAUGCGUAUAUAUGGAUUUCUCUCUAUAUAUGUGUAUGUUAGUGUGUGUGUAUAUAUAUGGAUAAAUAUAUGUACACACAUGCAGUUAUGCAUAUACAUACAUCUAUCUAAACACAUUGUGUUGAGAAAUAUAUUUCCUUAAAUGGUGUUUUCAGUGUAAGUCUUACUGGUCUUUUGCUCUAUAGAUUUUCUUUUUUAAUAAGUGCAAGAAAAUGCUGCUAUUUGUGUUAAAUGUAGAUGUAUCAUAUGAUUGUUUUUCUUAUGUUUAAGAAAGAGAAAGAAAAAGCUUUGUUUUUGCUCAGAAGUUCUGCCAGAUUUUUAAUUCAGUAUGUAAAUAGCGGGGCAAUCGGAGACAAAUCUGAAAGUGUUGAAGUGGAUAAACGGCAUAAGAAGUCAAUGUCGAUGUUCUUUUCUGACGCCAAAGAGUUUCUUUUUUUUUUAACUAUAUACAGUAUACCACUCUCCCCUGCUGAAUAUAAUCAUUGCCUCAAUUCUGAAACAUAAAGCCAUGGUGCAGGUUGUGAAUGAGGAACACCUAUGGAACCCUGGAACGCAUGAGAAAAGUGUAACAGUUGAAGGGAAUUACUUUAUUUGAAUGUGUUGAUUUUUGUAGGAAUGAGUGAAUACUAUAUCCCUCUGGUAGUUUUGCAGUCUAAGCUGAAAAUAGUCAUUCUGCAGCUGUAUGGGUUUUUAUCAAUUAAUGCACAUACUAGUAGAAAUAAUUGUGAAUUAAAUUUUUGAAAGGUUGUUGCUACAGUAUAACACUGUACUGCUGGGUUAUAAAUGUGCCAUCGUAUUGCACUAUAUUUAAUUUCUAGAUUUAUCAUCCAAAGGCUUUUGUCUGUUUAAUUAUUUAACUGAAUGAAAAUCAUGGAUGGAUGUUUGUUCAUUUAACAUUUUCUUUUUCUUUUUGUAUGUGUUAUGGUGUAAAAUAAUCUUUUUUUAAGGAAGGACCAAAACCAUCAGAGACAAAUGCUAAACUGUGUCAAUAUGGAGUAAUAAUGAAUGGUUGCACUUUCAGAUUUGUUUCAUGGUCAGUUUAAAGAUAAUCCAUUAUAUUUAUACAUUUGAGAAGUGUAUACUUUUAAUUUGAGAAGAUUUAAUAAAUGAAAAAAAAAAUACAUUAUAAUUCAUCAGAUCCUGCAUUUUAAAAAGUCAAAGUGCUUAAAGAGUGUGUGUAUAUUAUUCAUCUUAAAGUAAAGAUUUAAUGUUUCUAGUGAAAAUUUAUUUGUAUCUCAGAGGUACUGCUGUCAUUUGAAAGAUUUCACAGCAGAGGGUUGAGCUGUCCACAUUUGAAAUUAGCUUAAGGUGUUAUUGGUGCAGGAAAUACAUUGCCACCUAUGUUCUCUUUUGUUCAGUAAAAAAUAUCUUAGAAAUUGUCUUGCACAAUAGCAGAAGAAGCAUGUUGUUCAAUGUUUACAGCCACAUAUAAAGCCCUCUUUUUUGUCAGCUCAUUCUUUGGCUGUUUGGGCUACCACACUUUACUCCAGACAUUCUGUCAGUAACAUCAAUGAUCGUGUUUUUGUAUGUUAGUUAUAUGUUGCUGUCCAGAUGGUGGUAGCUUAUCUUCCAAGAAACUUGAGGAAAAAAACUUUUGACUAAGUGCCCUCUCUAUCCCAAUUUCUGUUUUGUUAAAAUGCAUUUUAUUUCCUUCUCAAAUACAUUUAUUGCACACACAGUCAGUACACAAUCUUGAAAACUGAUUCAUUUUUAUUAUACAUCUGAGGAAGUCUGAUUUUCAUUUACUGUCUCUUCUGUCUUGGAAAAAAGUGGGUUGCAGUAUUUUCUCAUUGUAGCCAAUUUUCUUGUACAGUUUUAUGCAAAUUUCACAUGGAUGUUUAUGACUUUAUCUGCUGCCACAAACAAUUUAGAAAUUCUGUAGAUAGAAAUUACUGUGCAAUGGAAACAAUAAAAACAAAAAAAUCUUAAACAAG